AUGCCGCCACUCAAUGACAGUGAGCAACACGAGCGUAUGCUCACAGCUCUCCGUCGUCGAAUUCGCGAUCUCCGAUCCAACCCAGAGAACCGCUCGCUGGCAAUUGCAAGGCUGAACGCAAUUUAUCGACUUGCACGCAUCUGUGCACAGUUCGGGAAGGAUGCUCGUUUCACACAGCUGUGUGACGCACUCCGGAGAGGCUUACCCGGCCAAAUCGGUCUGCUCAAAAGUGACAUAAACAGUAAUGUUAUAGUUGCAGAUGCUCUGGACAGAAUGAUCCUUGAAUCUUCCUUGUAUAAUUGUUCUGUCACUGUUGUCGAUAAAGACGAUGACGAGGUUGACGGAGAGACUGACCAGGAUAUUGAUGCAGACUCUAGUGAGAUGGAUCGCAGCGACGAUAACUAUAUCGCGCGGUUGCUCCUUGGUUCGAAAUGGGCUCAACCGAUAGUUGAUUUGCCGGAGGAGCCAUACCUGGAGAAGGAAGUGUCUGCUGCAGGCCCCAGUGAAGCUGAAGGUGAGAUAGAUCCCAGCGAUGAUGACUAUAUUGCACGCUUGCUCCUUGGUCCAGGCUGGGCUACUCCGUUAGCCGAUUUUGGGGAGGAGCGAUAUGUGGCAAAGGGGGUGUCGGGUAAGUGA